AUGACCUACGACAUCCACGGACUAUGGGACCAGAAGAAUCUCUGGACGGGCCCCUAUGUAAAGGGCCAUACAAACCUGACUGAGAUUGAGGAGGGAUUCGACUUGCUAUGGAGAAAUAGCGUCAGCCCUAACAAGGUCGUCAUGGGGGUUGGCUUCUACGGAAGGUCAUUCACCAUGUCCGAUGUGUCCUGCUCAACACCUCCAUCGUGUAGGUUUGACAGUGCGGGAUUUUCCGGGGAAUGCACUGGCGAGCCUGGUGUUUUGUCGUACUCCGAGGUAAUGAGCCGCCAAAGCCAACUGGGGUCCAGGACAUCGUAUGACAAGAAGUCAUCAGUAAAAUGGAUGGUAUACGGUUCCAACCAGUGGAUUUCCUUCGACGACAGUGAGUCGUUCGAGGCUAAGAAAUACCUGUUCUCGCGCUGCCUCAAAGGCUUGAUGAUCUGGUCCAUGGAUCUCGACACGCAGGACCAUCAAGCCAUGACGGGUCUGUUUGGCGAGGAAGCCAUGGAGGGUGCGCUACGACACACGGGGCUGGACGCCCAAGAAGCGGAGCGGCUUGCCUUUGACCUGUAUGCAAGGGCGGCUACGCGGCAGUCGAAGUUGCACACGCGCCCAUCCAAAAGAAUCGUGAUUUCCCCAUGGAGGGAGAAUGUGAAAACAGCUCAUGGCGAUCCAUCUGCUGCCCGACUAAGGCUCUUCCGCGCAACUGCGAGUGGGUCGGAGCUCCUGAGCGCUCGGUCUUUGGCUGUACGCGUGGCUGUGCUCUGCUAUGAUAGCACCGAGAUCCUACAGAAGUGUCAUUGGAGCAACUGCUGUUGGGUUUCCACUGAAAUGGUUCCUGAUAAAGACCUCUGCGGUGAUAAUGAGGUCGCAACAACGCGGCGAUACAAUAAUGGUCAAGGGAGCCCCUGCGGUUUAGAACAAGGACCCAACUCGUAUCGUCAGCCCUCUCAAGCAUUCUGCUGUCCUAAAAACGACAAAUUCGAAAAAUGCGUCUGGAGAAGAGAUGAGCUAGGCUGCAAGCCAGCACAGUGCGCCAAAGAUAAACUGCAAAUCACAUCAGCUCUACUCCCGUCAUGGAAAAAAGAAGACUAUAAGGUGAUUUCACGAGAGUGUAUUGGGACCCCCGGGUAUCCGAUCCCGCCGAUGAGAAUGCCCCAAUACCCACUGUGCUGCGAGCCUCCUUCUCGGUACGGCAAGAAAGGGCCCGUCGAGCCUAGUUAUCUUUGGAGCCACUGCUACGACUCCAAGGAUGACGAUGUCACUUGGGAGUUCAGCGACAACUUUGGUAAUAACAACAAAGACACGAUGCCGGGAGUCAUGGAAGAUGACCCCGGCACCGAUCCCUAG